AUGACCGGCGUUAAUGUAGAACAUGGAUACCAGCAAGCUUCGACUGGCAAGCAGUUUCUAAACAAGGACGAUUUAUACUUCAACGACAUGGAUAUACGGGCAUGGGAACGAAGAACGGCAGCACUCGGCGGUGCGCCUAAUAGGAACGACCGCGGCUACCAGGAGGACGAAGGCUACUACAAUGAUGCUGGAGAACCUAUGUCUGCAGCUGAAUACGAAGAAGUGCUCUUUCAACGCGUCCUCGACAAGAUCCGAUUAGCAAGAGCAGCAGACAUUUCCGAUGUGCAACUCACUCCCGAAGAGCUUGAUGCGUAUCAGUCGAAGCUUUACGGUACAAGGACGCCCGCAGCGCGUCCGCCACAAAGCCCUCGAUCUUCACCUCUCAACGAUGCCAUGGGUGUAGCGAACGCCAGCACAACCAGCACGAAGGGCUCCAGCAGUUCGCGAAGUAAAAAGGUGCAGCAGAGGUCAUCCUUAUUCGCUUCGAAACCCAAGAAAGACAGGCCAAGCAGCCGCAAACGAGCCCCCUCAAACGUAUCGAGCGCACCUCCACCCGGCUUCAUGAUACCUGGUCCAGAUGGACAGCCAAUCUACACGCCCAUCAACGCUUGUCAGGGCAAUUUGGCUCGCGAUCCCGUGACACCGCCUCAACCCACAUCUCGGACCCUCUCGAAUAACGAACGGCCUCCAAUGCCCGUGCGCGUCGCUCCGCGAGAAAUGCCAGGAGCCUUCCCCGGCGCCCUUCCAACCUCUCCACACCUAUACUACCCGUCAACUCCCUUGGCCGAAACCCAUCCUUCGCCGCAAGAUCUGGCGCUCGGCUACGACGGCCUGGGCAUCAGCACUCGCUCCCUCAAGCCAUCUUCAAUGCAAUCCUCAAUGCCCAAGACGACACCCGUAGAACCCUACCAGUACCACACCUUCAGCUCCUCGUCGUCCACACAGUCCUCACCCAAGCUCAAGUACACGAGACGCGUGUUGAGCGCUGAGAGCAGUUACACCGCGAUGCCGCGUCGUGUUCCUGUGCCGGCGCCGCGUCCGCCGCCGGUGCAGGCUAAUUACUUGGAUUCGAGUCUCAGUCCAAGGGCGUCGAGUUUGAGGGUUGAGAGGGCGGCGGGUGCGGUUGAUGAGGAAGUUGUGUUGGGCGAUGUUGAUGCGCAGACUGAUAGCGGGAAGUCUGUGAAGGGUAGUGAGAAACGUGGGUCUGGGAGUGGCGGCAGGAAGGAUGAGAGGAGGAGGAAGAGUGGAAAGGGAAGGAAGAAGUAG